UUUCUUUUACCACAAAGCUCUCUCAGUGUUAAAGCUUCCGAAGCUUGCCCUUUGCAUUUGGCUUGCAGCAACGACCUUGAAUUCGGCAAAGACUACAAGAGCAACAACCCGAAGAAGGGGUUGGAUGGGGUAGUGAAUCAAUGCAGCCGGAAAAUUCAAUGUCAGUGCCAAAGCUCGGGCGGCAUUAAAACGCCUCCGAAACGAAACGGUAUACUUUCGGGCACUCAGCCACAUUACGUAUAUGUCGGUGGACGACAGUGAAAGGUCGGUGAAAGAUGGGUGAGCGUUAUUGAUAAAUAAGUAUUUUAUAAAAAACCAGAGGCGGAGAAAGCUCGUGAGCAACUGCGAAAGGCGAAUGAGACAAAUUUAGCCAAGACUGACCGAUCCGAACCGCGUGUCGCAGGAGAUUCUCGUUCACGGCGGAGAGCAAACUGUUGCUGCUGAUUCUGGUGGUGCUGCCACUGGGCCUGAGCCACUGGGUGGCUGUGGUGGCGCUGGUGGCGGUGGUGGCAGUUUUUGUUUGGCGGGCGGCGGUGCCAAAUGAUGAUCGUGACCGCGUAGAGACGCAAAUAAAUAUAAUUGAAACACCACCAAACUAUAAGCAAGCCAAACCUGACGGCGCCGCGAACCAAAUAAACCAAAUAAACCAAAUAAACCGAAUAAACCAAAUCAACCAAAUAACAGCAGUGCGGGCAUUGUGUAAUUGCAACGGCAUUGCGAUGAACAAAACGAUUCUGCACUGGAGCUAUCUGAACUUCAAGGAUGUGCCCAUGGAUCUCUUUCUGUACGAAGAUCUCGAGGAGGUCUACCUCAAGGAGAACUUCAUUUCGGUCAUACCCAAGUGGUUGCUAAACAUCACCACCCUCAAGUUUAUCCAUUUGGCAGGCAACAACCUGAGCGAACUGCCCGCUGACAUCUAUUUGCUGGAGAACCUUGAGUUCCUCGACGUUUCCAACAAUGAACUCAAGCAGCUGCCCCCCACUCUGGGUCUCCUUUUGAGUCUUCAGCAGCUGAAUGUUUCGGGCAAUCAACUCGCCGAACUGCCAGUGGAGCUGAGCAGCUUGCGCAAUCUGGAGCACCUGAACAUAGCCAAGAACCAAUUUCGCCGCCUGCCCAUUCAGCUGAGCGAGUGCGUCCGUCUCAACGAGCUGAACGUGAGCGACAACGAGGCGCUGGUCCACAUCCCCGAGCGCAUCUCCAACCUGCCCAUGCUGCAGUCCCUCGCCGCCGAUCGCUGUGCUCUUGUCUACCUGCCGGCCGCCCUCUCCAAGUUCAUGAACCAUGUGCGCAUCUUCCACAACACGGCCAUCAACUAUAUACCCAUGGUCUACGAGAAGUUCUACCAAAAUUUCUACGACAACCGACAGAGGAGCACUCCCAUCGCCGUUCGUCGAAAGGGUCUGUUUUGGGUACGCGAGCUAGAGACGAACUCCAGAUUGGUGCUUCCGGUGGGCACCCGCACAGUAUUUCCGGUUCCGUCGGCGGAGAACCGGGUCACGCUCUACGACGACUGCCUGCACGCCCUCCAGUCGCUGAACCGCUCCGUGCCCGUCUACGAGAACGCCGCCCUGCACCGCCUGCUCCCGGAGCCGUACAUCGGCGCCCACAUCAACAACGGACCCAUCGCCCGCUGCACGACUUCCACCUGCUCGAGCUGUCUGUACACCUCGUACUACUUCAUGGUCGUGAAGAGGCGUGGUAGCACCUCCAAGCAGCUCUUCACCUGCAAUUUCUGCACCAACCGAUGUGCUCUGCUCUGGUUGGCCAGCAAUGACAAAAAGUACUACCAAGUGACCUGGCGAGUGUCCGAUGAUGAUGACGACGACGCCGAUGCUGCACACGUGUCCAGUGGCAAGUAGAGCUAAUGGAUUUCGCCUGACCUCAUUGUACUAUAUAUAUAUAUAGUCAUUAAUUACCAUUAAUUAGUUUUGUACAUGUCAUGUAAAUGCUAUUGAACGACUGGCAACCGGCGCCAUUUGUUCAAAGAGAAAGCUCGCGCGAAUUCUAAAACUAGACCUUAAAGAAAACUCUGUGUGGGUCCCCGUUCAUGGAGGUGUACGUAGUUGUCUAAAAC